CUGGUCCCCCACCCUCGCAUUCACUUCUCUCUCGACGCCUACGCCCCUACGAUCUCUGCCGCCGAGGUCGCCGCCGAGGCCAACCACACCGGGGAUUCUCAUAUCUUGCUUCGAGCCCAACAACAGACAGUCAACCACGCCCCCCGCCACGGCAAGUACAUGGCCACUUCCUUGCUGUACCGCGGUGACAUCGUCCCCAACCCCAACGACCACCACGCCGCUGUCGCUACCCUUAAGACGAAGCCCACCAUCCACAACUCAGAUGGUUCCUCUCUGCACUCGAUUCUAGUCUCCCGGAAAGACAAGGCCGACUUUGCGUCCAGCCAGCUGGCGUUGUCGGUGGAGAACAAGUAUGAUCCCCGAUCCUCGUCGUCGAAUGGUGCUGACAGAGGAAAAGUGACCCAGGUCUCGUUCGCAAGGGGCAAGAGAUCCUCGGGAUAUUCUCGAUGCCGCCCUGUUGGUAGCAUCGUCGGCGUCACCGUCAGCAACUUCGUCGACAUCCUUUUCUUUAUUAUUCUCAUUGUCCUCGCCCUCAUCCUCGCCCUCGCCAUCGUCCGCGCCGUCCGCGCCGUUGUCGUUACCGUCGUCGUAACCAACAUUUGUGGUGUCCUCGGUCUCAGCAUUCUUGGUGAAGAGGACCCCGACCUCCUCGUCUGUCCUGGAGCAAACCCCAUCCUCCUCGUCUCGGCGUCAAAACGGCAGACAUCUUCUCGAUACCACAUAUCUACGGGGAACAUCAUCCAACAGCUCAACCGUCUGAGCUCGCGCGCACGACCGCGGCUUGAGACGUACUUCACAUUCAACUCGAACAAGGAUUUGUGCAAUUUCAAGAAGGAGGUCAAGAAGGAGGUCAAGAAGGAGGUCAAGAAGGAGAUCACGGAGGAGGUCUAG